AUGCAUGAAUUUACGACAGGUUGGUCCUACAAUGCGAGCAGGGAUACUUGCUGGAGUAGCCAUGGUGUCGAAGGACUGAUUGCGAAGGAGGAAAUGGAAGCCAUAAGCAACAUGUCUUACCACCAAAGAGUAGCCUUUUCCACGAAGUACGGAAUCCCCUGGCCAUGUAAGAACAAGUGCACCGUUGGCUAUGACCUAUAUGACUGCCCCCGAGGAUGGAUCAACUUGAUGAAUUCAGGAGUUUGUAAAGCCCCAGACGAUUACAUCCCCCCAGAGAGCUGUCCUCGUAUAACCCAUUUUGACUAUAUGAGCAUAAAUGAAAAGGAGGCAUUUAGCAGGAAGUGCCAUGUUAAGUGGUUAUGCGUUGAACAUUCACAGAGAGAUUAUUCCAAAUGUCCCAAAUAUUUUGACUACGGAACUGAGGGAAAUGAUAAAGGGUUGUGUAUUCCAAAUGAUAAAUAUAAAGGGCCAUGUAAAGACGCCCAGGAUAUACUCUCGUUAAGUCUGGAGCAAAAAUAUAAUUUUGAAGAGACUUGUGAGGCUCAGUUUCAUAAUAUGCGCAGCGAAGAUAUUCCUCAAGCGAAUGAAGACGUUAUAGACGCCACUACGAUGGAAAAACUACUCAAGGGAACUGACACCACGGAUAAGGGUAUUACCUUGGAGUAG